GGUUUUUGUAUUGUGUGUUGAUUACUAUACCUUGUCUGAGUGGACUAUUCCCGCAUUCCCCCGUCGCUUCGAGUUGCAUCCUCGUUCUCACAGUCUAUCAGCUCCUCUCCCGGGAACAGCUUUGAACUCUUACCAUACGCAUAUACGGGAAACUACGCUCUUUGCAUUGCUGGAAGCGAGCCCAUCUGUCUGUUCAUGGUUUCUUUUCUGUCUCCGUGAGUUUUUAUAGUCAAAACCAGUGAUGCUUGUAAGAUCUAUGCUUGUUAACAAUAUCUGAAGGCCAUUAUAUACACUAUUCAAGGACAACUGAAAUUUGAUAAAAAGCUCAGCGUUUCAGUUGAAGAAAAAGUUCAGGUGUUGGAAGAUUUGAGCUAAAUCCUUUGCUGGAGCUGAUGACGGCUGCAAUAUGGUUUCAAGCUACCUUGCUUCUUUGCGGAGUACUCUUCAAUGCAGUAGGUUCAUUUGUUGGGAUAAAUAUUGGGACUGACGUUUCAAACCUACCUUCAGCUGUUGAAAUUGUUGCAAUUCUUAGAGCUCAUUCAAUAUCUCAUGUGCGUCUUUUCAAUGCUGAUGCCCGCAUGCUGAAUGCCCUCUCAAAUACUGGCAUAGAGGUCAUGAUUAGUGUUACAAACGAGGAAGUUACAACGAUUGGAGAAUCACCAUCAGCAGCAGCGGACUGGAUCAACAAAAAUGUUGCAGCCUAUGUGCCAACUACCAAUAUCACAGCAAUUGCUGUGGGCAGUGAAGUUCUUACUUCGCUUCCAAAUGCCUCUGCUGUUAUAGUUCCCGCUAUGAAUUACCUCAACAAAGCCCUUGUUGCCUCAAAUCUGAAUUAUCUAGUUAAAGUAUCAACUCCGCACUCGAUGGGCAUAAUUUCUCGGCCCUUUCCUCCUUCUACUGCCACUUUUAAUGCAACAUGGAACUCCACUAUUUACCAGAUCCUUCAGUUCUUGAAAAACACAAAUUCUUUCUACAUGUUAAACGCUUAUCCUUAUUAUGAAUAUGUUAAGAGCAACGGCAUUUUCCCUCUCGAGUAUGCUCUUUUCAAACCACUGCCCUCUGUCAAACAAAUCGUAGACCCCAACACCCUUUUCCACUAUAGCAGUAUGUUUGAUGCUUUGGUCGAUGCUACCUAUAAUUCUAUAGCUGCUCUCAACUUCUCAGGAAUCCCUAUAGUGGUUACUGAAACUGGAUGGCCGUGGUCUGGUGGUGCAAACGAACCUGAUGCUACAGCAGAAAAUGCUGAAACAUAUAACAAGAACUUGAUUAGGCGUGUGGCAAAUGACUCCGGCCCGCCUAGUCAGCCCGCCAUUCCCAUUAACACAUACAUUUAUGAGUUGUUCAACGAAGACAAGAGGGUUGGGCCCGAGUCAGGUAGAAACUGGGGUGUUCUUUUUACUAACGGCACUGCUGUUUAUGACAUAAAGUUGAGUACUUCUGAGAGUCUCGACGCAAAUUCUUCGGCGGUGUUUUGCAUAGCAAGAUCAGGUGCCGAUGAGACCUCGCUGCAGGAUGGUCUUAAUUGGGCUUGUGGGCCGGGCCAAGCUAACUGCGGGCCAAUACAGCAAGGACAGCCUUGUUAUAUCCCCAACACAUUGCAAAACCAUGCUUCUUAUGCUUACAAUGAUUACUAUCAGAAAAUGCGCAGCUCCGGUGGGACUUGUGACUUUGGAGGCACCGCUACAACAACUACUGUUGAUCCUAGUUAUGGAUCAUGCAGAUUUACAGGAAGUCUGAAUUCAAGCACAGGAGAAGGGCUAUUUCCGCCUCCAGUGUUUGGACCCGUCGGUCCACCCUCAGGAUGUUCACAAAAUUUCGUCCAUCUUGGUACAGUAUUUGCUUUGUUUGCUGCUCUGAUUUUGUCGGGUAUGGAUGUGGAACACUUUGUGGCAUUAUGGUAAACUGAAACUGUGAUGGUCGACGUUUUGAAACUGACCAUCUUCCGUUAGGGGUUGUAGCUGAUUGAUUCCAGUCCAGUUUUUGAUUGUGAGUUGCUGACACUUCAAUUCUUGUUUUACACGAGUAUAUAAUGUUUUUCUUGGAAUAAUGUUGGCGAUAGCUCUGCUGUUUAUAUGUCACACUAGUGUAUAAUGUUUUCUA